UUUGUCACACUUGUGGUGGACAUGGUCACACUAGCACUCAAUGCACAUACCUUAGGGAUGAUAUUGAUAGAGAGCUAAUUCAACUAGCCCGUCAAUCCAAAGUCUUGAGUAGCCAAGUUUAUAUAGGAUUGGAAAGAGGUUCUAAGAUUCCCCCUAGGAAGAGGUGUUGUGAACCAAACUUGAGCAAUCCUCAUGAAUUUAGGAAGCAAUCCAAGAGAGGAAAAGGGUAA